ACUUUUUAUCUUCUUCUUCCUUUUCUAUUCUAAUUGUUCUUAUAGUGUUCUUUGGGAGUUCAAUUACAUUGCUUUAAUUGAUCUCGAACUUAGGAAAAAUCCUAAAAGCAUAUUAACCGGUAACCCAUAGCAAUCAUAAUGGGGGUUAAAAUUGCUUUAAGGACAUUGUAAACGCGUCCCUAUUUCUUCAUCCCAAAAAUUAUUUUCUAACAGAGAGAUGUCAGAUCUAGUGAGAGGUUGUGCGUGGGUUGCGGCUUUGAAGGAAGAGAUGGAUGCAGCAAAAGGUAGUAUGGAUACAAAUUAUGCUCGGAGUUUGUAUCAGCUUCCCCUGAAGCUAAGGUGUAGCAGUCCCAGUGAACAUCCUUACACUCCAAGCCUGGUUUCGAUUGGUCCCAAACAUCAUGGAGAUGCCAGAUUUGCUAGCAUGGAGAUCCAAAAGUUGCGAUACUUGGCUAGCUUUAUUACAAGAAAUGGAUCCGCUUCUUCAGAAAAUAUUCUCAUGGAUUGUGCUCGGGAAAUCUCAAUGAAACAUACUGAACUACGGGAAUGCUACGGACAUAUCUUAUCAUCGCAAGGACCAGGAUCAGCAGUUGACUUGGAUAAAAUUCUGCUGGUAGACGGAUGCUUCAUACUGGAGCUUUUUAUAAGAUUUUAUAAAAGUGACAACGGAGGGCAUGAUCAUCCCAUAUUUAGACAGAAUACUGAUGCUGAUGAUCCGCUGUUGAACGUAUCUUGGACACAGAAUGUUCUCAGGCUUGACUUGGCUUUGUUAGAAAAUCAGAUUCCUUUCUUCAUCCUUGAAGAUUUAUUUCGUAGAAUUGCAGGGCAUGAACAUGAUGAAUUGCCAAAAGACUUUGUUGCAAAUAUGGCACUCGGUUUCUUCAAACCAUUGCUGCAGAAUGCCUGCUUCCUUUCAACACCAAUUCAAGAGUGUGGGGAAUCUCAAACCCAUCUACUACACAUUUUAUUGAGCACCUACAAGGUAGCGACAGGUACUGACACAGUCAUCAACAUCGACAACAUGGAAUGUAACAGCACAUAUCCUUCCACGGCAUUUAUCCCCAGUGCCUCGGUACUUAAAAACAGCAACAUGAUAUUCAUAGUGGCACCGAAAAGGACUCUGCCGGAGAUCGAGUAUGCCAACUUUGUUUUCAAGAUCCCUCCUCUGCAUUUGACUGACUGCACAGAAUCCUUCUUGAGCAAUCUUAUGGCUUUUGAGUAUUGGCUGGAAACCGAUCCGAAAAUAGCAUCAUAUGUAGCUCUGAUGAGCCAGUUGAUCCAGAAUCAAGAGGAUGUUAAUUUGCUCCAGGACAAAGGGAUCAUCAUCAAUGGUUUGGGAAACGGGUUAAGUGUUUUGCAUAUGUUUCAGAGGUUGGUCACAAAGAAUAUGCCAAGCAAAUUUUGCUUUAAAAUGCUGUGCUAUCAAGUGAACAAAGACUUGGAGCGCUGCCACUGCUUGGCUGAGGUAUUGAAGCGAGGGUAUCUACGUACCAAGAUGGGAAAAAUCAGAUUACCGAUCGUAAUCAUCCUUUUGGCAACUGCCUGGCUUUUCACAAUGUGGUUCCCAUGGCAAUUCUUUGUACCCAUAGAUGGUAGUUCACUUUUGCUCAUUAUUUGCGCUUUACUUAUCCUCGGCAAAGAACUGCAUAAUGCCCUUGUAUUUUUUGACUAAAAGCGCAACUAGAUUUAAAGGAGAGCCUAUUCAAGUUU